CCAGGAAGUCCCAGCUGCAGAUGAAGCGUUUCAGAGAGAGGGAGAGGGCGGCAUGUGUGCAAAUGCAGCCUGGGCGGUUGUGCCAGACUUUCGCAGCGUAAGGCAGCGUGGCCCAGCUUGAUGGUUAGUCCCCUCAUUCCAGUAGUCGUUUGCUUUGCAUCCCAAAGCAGUGUCCCCCCACAUCUCAGCGCCCAUCCCCGACAUGCAGCUGUUCCGCACACAGGGACAAGGUCCCUGCCCGCAGGAGUGAGACAGCAGGAGCCGUGGCAUGCUCAGGAGAGUGGGACCGUCUCUGCGUCACUUCUUGCUGGAGAGGAAGAACAGCGCUGGAUAUAGCUCACACUCCGGCGAGGCAAAAAUGUCAAGGCCAGUGCAAGCUCGGAGGCUGGAGGGAAUAGAUAAGAAUAUCUGGGUGGAGUUUGUAAAACUGGCUGCCACCUACUCCACAGUGAACCUGGGCCAGGGCUUCCCCGACUUCCCCCCACCGGAUUUUCUGAAGGAAGCGUUUGUGAGAGCCCUCAGCGGGGAGAAUCACAUGCUGCACCAGUACACCCGUGCCUUCGGCCACCCACCUCUGGUGAAGAUCCUAGCCCAGUUUUUUGGGAAGUUGCUUGGACAAGACCUGGAUCCUAUGACCAAUGUGAUGGUGACUGUGGGGGCGUACCAGGCCCUUUUCUGCUGCUUCCAGGCUUUUGUUGAUGAUGGCAAUGAGGUGAUAAUCAUUGAGCCCUUCUUCGACUGCUAUGAGCCAAUGGUGAAGAUGGCUGGUGGGAUGCCUGUGUUUGUCCCACUGAGACCGAAAGCUCCAAAAGAUGGAAAAUUGAUGUCUAGUGCAGACUGGCAGCUGGACCCAGCUGAACUGGCUUCUAAAUUCAGUGAACGGACAAAAGCCAUCGUCCUGAACUCACCCAACAACCCUCUGGGCAAGGUAUUCAGCCGAGGGGAGCUGGAGGUCAUUGCAGACCUGUGUGUGAAGCAUGACGUCCUGUGCAUCAGCGAUGAAGUGUACGAGUGGCUGGUCUACGACGGGAAGGAGCACAUCCGCAUCGCCAGCUUGCAAGGGAUGUGGGACCGCACGGUGAUCAUCGGGAGUGCUGGGAAAACCUUCAGUGCCACUGGAUGGAAGGUGGGCUGGACUGUGGGACCCAACCGGCUGCUGCAGCACCUCUGUACUGUGCACCAAAACUCAGUGUACCACUGUGCCACGGUUGCCCAGGAGGCCGUGGCUCAGGGUUUCCAGAGAGAGCUCAAGCUCUAUGGGAAACCAGAAAGCUACUUUGUCCAGCUGCCCAAGGAGCUGCAGCAGAAGAGAGACUGGCUGAUCCAGAGCCUGGAUGCUGUGGGGAUGAAACCCAUCAUCCCUGAGGGCACCUACUUCUUGGUGGCAGACAUCUCCGAGUUCAAAUCCGACGUCCCUGAUGUCCCUGACUCCGAUGAGCCCUACGACUCCAGAUUUGCAAAGUGGAUGGUCAAGAACAAGGGACUCGCCGCCAUCCCACUCUCCGCUUUCUACUGCGGGGCCCACAAGAACAACUACAACCAUUUCAUCCGGUUCUGCUUCGCAAAGGAGGAAGCCACACUGAAGGCAGCAAAUGACAUACUGCAAAAAUGGAAACGGGAGAAAACUAAUCCCUGAGCGCACUGGAGAGAAAACCAGGCUCUCCUUUGUCCUCACCUGCCACAACCACUCCUCCUCUUCCUUUGCUUGGCUACAAACUUUGAUCCGUCCUUAUUUUUGUGCUUUCAACCACGUUUUCUGUCAGACAAAUGGGUAAGAGGUUGGCCAUGCUCAGGGUCUGGGAGACACUUUCUGUCACUGUGAAAUGACUGCAGUUUCUUGCAAGAAGUGAGUCUUUGCAUGUGCUGUCAGUAUUCGACAUUUCUUCCUCCUAUGUUUAAAGACUCUGAUAAUCAGUUCUAGGAUGCGUCCAGCAAGACACAAGGUAAGGAUGGCUCCUGGGGUCUUUUCCACCACCAAAUUCUGAAAAGGUGUUUCAGGACCUACUUUUAAGGCUAUGCUGGGGGGUUACUGUGGCUUGUCUUGCUCCACAUCCCCACUCAUGUACCCCAGGGUGCAGGACAGCAUUUCGACCAGCACCCACGGGACUGUGCAGUAUCGCCACCCAUCAGUAGGUUGAUUCCUAUGAUCCUGAAAAUUAUAAACCCAGCAAAAUGCUGUUUCCCAUAAUUAACAAUUUUCCCGUUAUUUUUUUCUGUGCAUCUCUGGGGAAGCUGACCACAGAAUCGGCAACUGGUUUCCCCAGGAAACAGGCUUUCAUAAAUAGCCUGGCUAUUGCCAAACCUUCCCUGUGCACCCCCCAAACCACCCCUGGCACUUUGUCAGGGCUUGGCAGCAUCGUCCAGGCUGCAAAGGAAAACCUUCAGCCUUUGACAAGCGCACGCAGUGGCCGGGGAGGAAGGGCACAGCAGCCUCGGGCUGCUCCUGCCACUGGUGGCCCCCGCACAGCUUCCCACCCGUCGGGCUGGUGGGUGGUGGGGUAACAUGAGCAGCAUUUUGAAAGGUAAUUCUUGCAUCAUUCUCGAUUUAAACCUGGAUAAGAAUGUAAAACAGCAUCAUCAAUCUCGCAGGAGUUAUGUGCAACAGACUGUGCGAUAAGUAUUUGUGGCAGUUAAAUUAUUAAAGUAGAAUUACUGCAA